AAUAUCCACAUUGUAUUCCACAGACUGAAAGGGCUUUGACACACCGACAGCGUGGCAAUAAAGUGAUAUAUCCUUGAAACAGCCGGGCCUCAGUUCAUAGGUUGAGUGCUUAGUUUUGUGACGUAGUUUACAGUGGCCAAACUGGCAAAUGAGGAUGAAGAAUAUAAUUAGUAGGUCUUGUUCUAGGAUGUCCACACUUCUUGGCUGCACUUGUCACAAUUUCACAUCCAUUGAAGUCUUUUAUCAGGACAGGACUCCACACAUCAGCAAUGAGUGGGUUUUGAAAGAGGCCAGCUUUCUGCUCUCAAAGGAAACAUUUCUAAGGACUUUGAUUGUUUGUUUUUUGUUGAUUUGUUAAAUGUUUUAUAAACUUCUAUGAGGGGAAAAAUGGAACUUUAUGUACAAGGUAUAAGUAAGGGGGCACCAGAUAACAACAUGGCACAGUUCCAGGAAAUGAUGCGACAGCAGCUGGAGAGCUCCAUGCACACCGAGUUGGGAAAACUGCUGGACACUUCCAAAGGCCCAGAGAAAGAAGUAGCUAAAAAAGACUUUCAGGGUUUUGAGAAACUUUUCCAUCGAUUCCUACAAGUCAAGGGACCAUCAGUGGAGUGGCCCAAAAUACAAAGGCCUCCAGAGGAUUCGAUUCAGCCUUACGAUAAAAUAGCAGCUCGCGGACUUCCUGAUAAUGUGGCCAACAGUCUGAAUAAACUGGUGGUGGUCAAGUUGAAUGGAGGCCUGGGCACCAGUAUGGGAUGUAAAGGGCCCAAGAGCCUGAUCAGCGUCCGCAACGAAAACACAUUUCUGGAUCUCACUGUGCAGCAGAUAGAGCACCUAAAUAAGACCUACAAAACAGACGUGCCUCUGGUGCUCAUGAACUCCUUCAAUACAGAUGAAGACACAAAGAAAAUCCUGCAGAAGUACACACACACCCAGGUCAAGAUACACAACUUUAACCAGAGCAGGUAUCCUCGUAUCAACAAAGAAUCACUCCUUCCGGUGGCCACUAACAUGAGCAUGAGUGGGUCCAGUGCAGAGGGCUGGUACCCUCCAGGCCACGGUGACAUUUACGCCAGCUUCUAUAACUCAGGCCUCCUCGACCAGCUCAUCGCAGAGGGGAAGGAGUACAUCUUUGUGUCCAACAUAGACAACUUGGGAGCCACCGUAGAUCUGCACAUUCUCCACCACUUAGUUUCUCAGCCCAAUGGAAAACGCUGUGAGUUUGUAAUGGAGGUGACGGACAAAACGCGGGCUGAUGUUAAGGGUGGUACAUUGAUUGAAUAUGACGGUAAACUGCGCUUGCUAGAGAUUGCCCAGGUCCCUAAAGCCCAUGUGGAUGAAUUCAAAUCUGUCACAAAGUUCAAAAUCUUCAACACCAACAACUUGUGGAUUUCUCUGGCUGCUGUGAAGAGGCUGCAAGAGCAAAAUGCAAUGGACAUGGAGAUUAUAGUGAACCCUAAGACUCUGGAUGGGGGUCAGAAUGUGAUUCAGUUGGAGACCGCUGUGGGUGCAGCCAUCAAAUGCUUUGACAAUGCCCUUGGCAUUAACGUCCCGCGUAGUCGCUUCCUCCCUGUGAAGACCACCUCCGACCUGCUGCUGGUCAUGUCCAACCUUUACAGCCUGGACGCUGGGUCUCUGACCAUGAGCCCAAAGAGAGAGUUCCCCACUACGCCACACGUCAAGCUCGGCAGCUCCUUCACUAAGGUUCAGGAAUACUUGAUGCGUUUUGAGAGCAUCCCAGACAUGCUGGAGCUCGACCACCUCACAGUGUCUGGAGAUGUCACAUUUGGGAAAAAUGUUUCUUUGAAGGGAACUGUCAUCAUUAUAGCCAAUCACGGAGAUCGAAUUGACAUUCCUGCCGGUUCUAUGCUGGAGAACAAAAUUGUAUCUGGAAACCUGCGCAUUCUGGAUCAUUGAAUUUCUUUAGUACCCAUCCCACAAUGCACCUGUAACAUGUGACCAAGCUGGCUUUAUCACUAAAUGUACAUGUGAAACCCCUGUUUGUCAUAAAAUGGAUGCAAAUAGGACGUAGCAGCACAAGCAGUGCUUUGUUUUGCAAAUUUUAAUCUACUGCCACCUGCUGGAUCACAUAAAAAGUAAGAAAUAGUAUAAAUUAUAAAUGUCCAUUAACAGUUACAUCUGUCAUAAAUUUAUGAUUAACUGAAAAGGUGAACACACUUUUUUUUUUUUUUUUUUUUACUUUAGAUAACUUUAUUUGACUGUUUACACAGCACUUCUAAUGUGACCUUCCAUGAAGCAAUGAACUGUCUAAUGUUAACAUCACAUGUAACACUUUUACAACUUCUUCGAGCCACAACUACAGAUACCAGUGUACUGUUUUGUUUGACAGUAUUUUUCCAAAGAAUUUAUGGCAGCAUAUACUGUUUAUAUACUAUGGCUCAGUAGUAUUCAGCUCAAUAUUUGUAUUGUCUAGACACGACAAUGAAGUUUGUCUUGUGAAUGCCCAAGGUUGCAUUCACAUUGUUUUGUCAUGUCUGUUCUUGUUAUUAUAAAGGACUGAAAAAGAAACACCUUCUAAAUGUACGUUUUAAACAAGAAUAAGCCUUAAUGAAAAGUUCUCUGAAAUUGGCACUUCAACUGAAAUUUUGAACAUUUUCAGAUUUUACUGCUUGUGCCAUAGAUGAUGAAAUGAAGUCCUUUUGUUUAAUGCCUGUUCGCCUCUAUGUCCUGUCACCUUGUAUUGUGUCCUUAUCCAAGAUAUGCCAUCAGACGAUGUAAUGUUUGUCCAAAAAGUGAAGGCCUUCCUAACUGUAUUUGGGUGUGUCUGUUUGAGAGAGUCCCUGUUGUGCAUUCCUUUCAUUUUUAUCAUCGUCAUAGUUCACAGUUACCUUUAUGUUGUCUAAUGCCUCCAUGUCAGUAUCACUCUGCAUUAGUUCAUUUAGGGACAACACAAGAAGGUGCAAUAUUUUAUGCAGUGUUGAUUUUACUUGACUGUACUGAUGCGGAGCGUGGUAAAAACAUUGUGUGCUGGAGAUGUGUGGAGCAAACGUCUGAAUGCAAAAAGUGUUGAGUGUGAGGUCCCAGCCCAGUUCUGAAACCUCAGGACUCAAUAAAGUGCAAUAUGAA